UCUCGCUUGGCGCUAUUCGCAUAGGUCGGGUUUAUCUGCUGAUGACUUUUAGAUCUCACUAUACGAGCGGAAGGUGGAGGACGGAGAAAAAAAGCGCUCGCCCGUUUACCGCGGGUUGAACUCACAGCGAGAUUUCAUAUAUUGACACGCGCAAGAAGCAGCCGUUCUUCGUCUUUGUUAUUUGUUAUUUGUUCACGAACGCGUUCGUUGUUUGUUAGUGUCGCCGACGCGCGUUGCUUUGCGACGUUUACGACUCGCUCGCAGUUGACGAGCUCUCUCAAGGUUAUCACGCAGUUUGAGCUCGCCAAUUGAGUGUGCGCGCGCGCGAGUGUGCGUGCGCGCGAGUGUGCGUGCGCGCGAGUGCAGACGUUAGUGUACGACGAUGACGACGUUGACGAGACCGCCUGCGUCUCCGUGAAGAGGACAGUGAGAAGGAUUCCGUGAAGGAAGAGUCCGAGCAGCUGACGCAGGAAGGUGAGGCUGAGGAGGAGGAGGAGGAGGAGGAGGAGGAGGAGAAGCCCUCGGUAUGCUCCCCGCGUGGACGCUCGUGCGAUGCGCCUUGUUGCUGGCGGCAGCGUCGUCGGCGGGGAUGCCGUCAGUGGCGGCAGGGGCGACGGUGCGUUGUGCUCUGCAGAAGCCGGCGGACGAGCACGAACUGCCUCAGUUCACCGGAGAAGCACGCAUGCAGAGGAUCCUCGUUCACGACGAGCACGUGUACAUCGGCGCCACGAAUGCGCUCUACCAGCUGGACAGCAGGCUGAAGUUGAUAGCGAAGGCCGUGACGGGGCCAGUCAACGACAGUCCGGAUUGUCGACCGUUCCCCGAGUACUGCACCGGGCCGAGGUCUCUGACCGACAACGAAAAUAAGGUGUUGCUGAAGGAACCCGACAGUGACAUCAUCAUCGUCUGCGGCAGCGUCGAUCAGGGGCUCUGCAGCUUCUACAGCUCGGCUAACGUCAGCGCGUGGAGCGUGCGCCUCUCCAGCGCAAACCCACUCAGCUACGCGGGAGGUAGGGCCGUGCGACUGGAGGAGAAAACUAGCUUUCUAUUUACGGUUCUACGGGAACGGUCGGCAGUCGAUGACUAA